CGUAGAUGCAUGUCUUGUUUUUAUUUUUCAACAGGCAACAGUAAAGUCGACUUGUUGACUUCCGAAGGACCCAUUAUAGCUCCAACAUGGCGGCGUCCAUAUGGGUGUGCAGUGCCCUACGAAUUACACUUGGAGGCGCAGCAUCACUCCGUACUGCAGUGGGAGCUGUUCAGAUCUCUCAUUUGGCCUGUCGAGCAGCGCCUCUUCAGAAACGUCCAGAGUUCCUGUUGAACCCAUCAGCAAUCUGGCAGCAAAGCAGACAUGGCAGCUUCUUCAAUAAAUUGACGGCUGAGGAGCUAUGGAGAGGUGUGCUGGCAGAAUCUGGAGCCGGAGCCAGAAAGGGCAGAGGAAAGCGAACCAAACGCAAACUGAGGAGAGACCUCAAUCGGGGACAGAUCAUUGGAGAAGGUCGAGGUGGUUUUCUGUGGCCCGGUCUGAAUGCUCCUGUACUAAAAGACGGUGCUGUGCAAAGCUUCAGCCGAAGAAGUGAUGCUGAGCAGCAGCAGGUUCAAGCUGAACUAACACGGCAGAGGGAUGAGUGGGAGAGGAGGAAGAAGAUGAAGGUGAAGAGAGAGAGAGGCUGGACAGGCAACUCCUGGGGGGGCAUCAGCCUGGGGCACCCUGACCCUGGACCCAAUGGAGAAACGUAUGAAGAGUUUGAUGCUCGAGUUAUUGAGGUGAAGAGUGUGUUCAACAUGACGGCUAAGGAGGGCAGGAAGAGGUCCAUCAGCUGUUUGGUUGCUGUAGGGAAUGGCAAUGGAGUGGCAGGGUUUGCUUUGGGUAAAGCAGCAGACAGAACAGCAGCUCUGAGGAAGGCCAAGAACCGAGCCAAACGGCAUUUGUACCACAUAGAACGAUACAACAACCACACCAUUUAUCAUGAUAUCGACUCCAGAUUCAAGAGGACUACGCUGCGUAUGAAGAAGCAAAACCAGGGUUACGGUCUGCACUGCCACCGGGCCGUCAUCACUCUGUGCAAGCUGAUCGGCAUUAAGGACUUAUACUGUAAAGUGGACGGGUCUGUUAAUCUCCUCAACAUCACUCGGGCGCUCUUCACUGGAUUGGCCAAUCAGGAAACUCAUCAAACGCUGGCCAACAAGAAGCAGCUCCACGUGGUGGAGUUCCAGUCUCAUCUAGGCCCACUGCCUGUGGUGGUGGCCAGCCCUAAAGACGGAGCGCGUCCCAACCCGGAGUCCGAGGACGAGAUCCCCAACACCAAGCUGCACUGGGACGACAUUCGAGCCGCACAGGGAAUCAAGCGCUCCAUCUGGGCAGGGGUGAAGCGCACCGUCUGGUAGAGCGGGCCACAGGAUGAAGCUGUCUGUAAGGAUGCGUGUCAGAAAGCUGAAAGGACAUAUGGAGCUUUUUUUCUUUUUACAGGAACAACAAGAAUUAUUAAUAAUCUCAAUUUACAGUGGAUUCUCGGUUUAAAUGUCAAUUUAGCAAACUAAAUAAUAAAGUAAAUAAGGUUUGUUUGACAGCAAAAUUCUUCAAAACAGCUCUAGAAAAGGCAACAGCCAAUAUAAACUUCAUGGUCCAUGUUGAUGUGUAUCACAAGAGAUUGAUGGUAAAAUAAAGUUUCAGUCUGUAUAAUUAUUA